AUGUCCCUUGCAAAGUCCUUAUAUCAUCAGCCGACCCCCCAAUAUUGGGGGUCGGGUUGCACACCAGAUACUUGCGAUCAGCUGGAGCUCUCCAGCUGCACAAGUCUACCUUCAGUGUCAUCAACUCCCUCAUGUAGAGACGUUGACUUCUGGUCUUCGGAGCCUCCACCUGAGUGUGUUGAAUCGGACCGUGAUUGGCUUCUGCAGCUAACACAAGAGCAAAACAACUACACAACUAAUUAUGAGUGUUCUAUUCCGGCGGAAAUUGUUGACUUUGUCACAUCUUACGACAAGUGCGGCCAUGACCCUGCGGAUUUGUCAGAAUUCAACUGGCUUAGCUUCAUUCCUUCCCAAUCAUCUCACACUCGGGGCAAGAAGACUUCCUCACAACCAUCUUCCACUGCGUUGGACAGCAAAUGCUCAACGUUGGAGGUUCCUGGGAAGGCUUCGGUUAAGUUGAAGAAGCGCCAAUCGAAUAGAGAUGCUGCCUUUCGCUACCGGCAGAAGAUGAAAGAGAAAUAUUCAUCCAUUUACAAUGACUUAAAAGCCUCUAUGCUAGCUUACAAUAAAGCCAAGCUUGAGUAUGAGAGAGCCCGAGACGCGUUCGAUGCCCUAAAGAAGGUCAUACUCGACUUGACCCCGCCAGUCCAACCAUAA